GUGGGGAUCGCGGCCGUGCAGAUCGCCAAGGCCAAUGGUCAUUUCGUCAUAGGCACUGCUGGCACCAAGGCUGGCCUGGAUCUUGUCCUGAAGGAGGGCGCCAACUUGGCCUUCAACCACAGGGAGGAAGGUUACAUAGAGAAGAUCAAGGAGGCGACGAAAGGUAAGGGUGUUGACGUCAUCUUAGAAAUGGCGGCUGGUGUCAACUUGACCAAAGAUGUGGACCUUCUCGCCAAAAGAGGUCGCAUUGUGGUCAUUGGGUCCCACGGUCCGGUAGAAAACUUUCACCCCCAGUCACUCAUGCUUAAAGAGGUGAACGUCAUGGGCGUGGCUCUAAUGACAGCGACAGAGGAGGAAUGGACGCAGGUCAAGAACGGAGUUGAAAGCUUGCUGAAAAAAGGUGUUUUAAAGCCAGUCAUAGCUAAAGAAUAUAAACUGGGCGAGGCCGCGCAGGCGCAAAUAGACAUCAAGAGCAACUCGGGAACUCUGGGGAAGAUUGUGUUAGAUGCAACUAAAUAAUAUUUGUUUCGUUGAAAUUAAAAACAAUUUUCUUUUUACCAUUUUAUGACAGCGAGACAUGGAAAUAGAAAGGAAAUGUUAUUGUGAUUUUGUAUAUUUUUAUAUAAAUUUUUAGCGCACUUGUUUAUUGGUUACUGAUACAAAAGUCUUUUAUAACACGCCUUUAUAUUGCAACUGUGUUUGUGUUGUGGUGACCUAUUUAACCAACGACAAUAAAAAAAUCUAUUAAACU